AUGCUGUCGGAAAAUAAGGUGUCUGUUUGUGCUAUUCUAGAAUCGCAUGUGGAGGUUGCUAAUCUGGAUAAAGUUUGUAACAAGGUGUUCAGAAAUUGGAGUUGGACGUCUAAUGGGGGUCUUUGUGAUCGGGGUACUAGAAUUAUCCUAGGAUGGAAUAGUGAUAUUGUGGAUGUUAUGAUUUUGUCUCAAUCUGAUCAAGUUAUUCAUGCGCAAUUAUGGUCCAAAACUGAUAAUACUAGUGUCUUCGGGUCUUUUGUUUAUGUAAAAAAUAAAUAUCAAGACCGUAGGGCUCUUUGGGAGAACUUAGCUGGGCAUGCAAUUUUGUGUACGGAUAAGCCUUGGUUUGUCAUGGGCGAUUUUAACUCGGCGCUUCAUAUGGAGGAUUCACUGUUUGGUACGUCGAUUCAAACUAUAGGUAUGCGAGAAUUUUAUGAAUGUGUCAAGAAUUCGGGCCUCUUUGAUGUGAAGGGUCAUGGUAUGCAAUACACUUGGAACCAGAAGCCGAAGGAGGGUAUUGGUUUACUUCGUAAGAUUGAUAGGGUCAUGUGUAAUGUUAAGGGUUUAGACAUGUUUCCUGACGCUUAUGUUUUGUACCAUGCGUAUCGGGUCUCGGACCACACCCCCUGCAUUUUAAAGCUUACAAACGUGCCUAAAGGGUCUAAGCCGAAACCGUUCAAGUUCGCGAAUUUUAUUACUUCUAAACCGGAGUUCAGAAUUUGUGUCGAGCGAGAAUGGGUGAAGACGGUUGAUGGGAUUUCUAUGUUCUCGGUUACCUCUAAGUUAAAAAACUUGAAGCCAGGUCUUAGGAAAAUCCUGAACCAACAAGGGAAUUUACACUUAAAGGUGAGUGAGUUGCGUAAAAAGCUUGAUGAGAUCCAAUGCCUGCUAGACAAGAACCCUCUUGAUGUUGAGCUUCGUAAUAACGAAUCGGAGUGCCUAAAGGAGUUCCAGAUUGCGGCGUAUGAUGAGGAAUGCUUCUUGAAACAAAAAUCAAAGGUUGAGUGGCUUUGUACCGGGGAUUCGAAUACAACCUUUUUUCACAAUAGCCUGAAAUGUAGAAACGCUAGAAACAAGAUUCAUUGUAUUCGGGAUGUGGCUGGAACCCGAUAUGAAGGGGAUGCGGCUUCGGACGCGUAG